AUGGCUACUCUAAGCUUCAACUCCACGACAAUCAAAACCCCAUCUUUCAACUACCCCAACUCCAUCAUCACCAAACUCUCCUCAUCAAAACCCACCAUCAAAUUCCCAUUUUUCACCAACAAAAAACCCUUCCUUCAACUCCGAACAUGUUCUGUAUCAGAAACCUCAGUAACAACAACCCAGAUAGAUACCGAAGAAGACAAAGAAACAACCCAGAUAGAAACCGAACAAGACAAAGAAACAACCCAGAUAGAAACCGAACAAGACAAAGAAGACCCAACUGCUGAAACAUGUUAUCUUGACCCAGAAACUGAUCCUGCUAAGAUAUUAAGCUGGGAGUUGGAUUUCUGUUCUAGACCCAUUCUUGAUGCUAGAGGAAAGAAACUUUGGGAGCUUGUUGUUUGUGAUAAAUCUCUUUCACUUCAAUAUACUAAGUAUUUUCCUAAUAAUGUUAUUAACAGUAUCACUCUUAAGGAUUCUAUUGUUGGGAUUUGUGAUGAUUUGGAUCUACCUUUGCCAAAAAACAUUCGCUUCUUUAGGGCACAAAUGCAGACGAUUAUUACAAAAGCGUGUAAGGAGCUUGAUAUAACAGCUCUUCCUAGUAAACGAUGUUUGUCAUUACUUUUAUGGCUAGAGGAACGCUUUGAGACUGUAUAUUCAAAACAUCCCGGUUUUCAAACGGGUUCCAAGCCUCUUUUGCCAUUAGACAAUCCCUUUCCCACGAAACUUCCCGAAGAUCUUUUUGGUGAAAGAUGGGCAUUCGUUCAGUUACCUUACUCAGCUGUUCGAGAAGAGGCCUCUGCCUCAGAAGAAAGAUUUGGCUAUGGUUCUGGGCUAGAUCUUGAUUUAUUGGGCAUUGAAAUCGACGAGAAGACAUUGAUCCCAGGAGUUGCGGUUGCAUCUUCUCGUGCUCAAGAUUUAUCAGCUCUUAUGAAUGAAUUAGAGCUCUGCGCCAUUGAAGCCGACGCUGCUCGCGCUAACCUAACUCUUUCGGUUGCAAUUUCAACCCGGUAUGUAUACGCGACGUAUAAGAAAAGUCCUACGUCAAUCAAAGAAGCCGAAGCUUGGGAAGCAGCUAAGAAAGCUUCUGGAGGAUUGCAUUUCCUUGCAAUCCAAAAUGAGUUAGAUUCUGAAAAAUGUGUUGGCUUCUGGCUUUUGCUAGACUUGCCUCCUCCACCUGUAUAA